AUGAAGCUGUCCUCCAGUCUGCUGGUCUUGGCCUGGAGACUCAGCAGUCUCCUCCCUGAUGGCAGCAGACUGAAGAGGCUGUGUGACAGAAACUUGCCUAAACUAGCCCCUCCCAAAUUACCACUUCAGACGGAUGGCAAACUACAUUUAGAUGUUUUUCAAUACGAUAUGAACUAUCCCAGUCUGGGACAAUGUGUCGUCAUCAACAACAAGAAUUUCCAUAAAAAAACAGGAAUGGGAGUUCGUAAUGGGACAGAAAAAGAUGAAGGGAAUGUGGAAGAGACUUUCUCAAAUCUGGGCUUCAAAAUCAAAAUUUGCAAUGAUCAGACUGUCUCACAGAUGAGAGAUUUGUUAACUAGAGUGUCUAAGGAAGAUCACAGUAAAUCGUCCAUGUUUGCGUGUGUGUUGCUGAGUCAUGGAGAAGAUGGAAGGAUAUUUGGCACAGAUGACUGUAUUGAGCUGAAGGAACUGUUUGCACUCUUCAGAGGAGACCGCUGCAGAUCACUGGUGGGGAAACCCAAACUUUUCUUCAUUCAGGCUUGCCGAGGCUCAGGUCUGGAUGCUGGCGUUGAGUCCGACUAUGACACUGAAGAGGAAACACAGAAAAUUCCUGUUGAGGCAGAAUUUUUGUAUAUCUACGCCACUGCACCAGGUAACGAGUAUUCGGUUCUAAGAAACUUUCUUGAGAUCUAA